UGUUCCCCAUAACGCUACACAUACUGCUACAGAAACGAUACGUUACCUAAAGUUUUAAUAACUUUCAGAACUACAAAGUUAUAAUCAUGCCAGCCGGGAGGAAUUUGAGGAGAAGAGAAGAGUCUUCGGAUGAAGAUGAAUCAGACGAAGUAACUGCUGAAGUCAGAGCAAAACUGGAUGAAGCAAAAGAGCUCCAAAGUUUGCGGAAAAGGCAGAGCGGUAUAAGUUUAGCAACGUUGCUUGUGGGAGAGAAGCUACCAUUAGAGGCGGAGAUAGAGGAUGAUCCGUUUAAACUCAAGACUGGAGGUGUUGUGGACAUGAAGAAAGUGAAAGACAGAAACCGAGAUAGAACAGAGGAUGAAGAUGACCUGAACCUGGGGACCUCUUUCUCUGCAGAGACAAACAGAAGAGAUGAAGAUGCAGAUAUGAUGAAGUACAUUGAAACAGAGCUGAAGAAAAAGAAGGGAUUGGUAGAGGCAGAGGAACAGAAGGUGAAAGCGAAGAACGCAGAGGAUCUCCUAUAUGAGCUGCCGGAGAACAUCCGUGUGAACUCUGCCAAGAAGACGGAAGAGAUGCUGUCCAAUCAGAUGCUUAGUGGCAUCCCAGAGGUGGACCUGGGAAUAGAUGCAAAGAUAAAAAACAUAAUCAGUACAGAGGAAGCCAAAGCAAAGCUGAUGGCUGAACAAAGGAACAAGAAGAAAGACAGUGGCACCUCCUUUGUUCCCACCAACAUCGCUGUGAACUAUGUGCAGCACAACCGCUUCUACCACGAAGAUGUGAAUGCACCCCACAGACGUCACAGAGAAGAGCCCAAAGCCAGACCACUGCGCGUAGGAGACACAGAAAAACCAGCUCCAGAGAAAUCACCACCCAACUACCGCAAAAGACCAAACAAUGAGAAGGCUACAGAUGACUAUCACUAUGAGAAAUUCAAGAAGAUGAACAGAAGAUACUGAUUCCUCAUUAAAUUUUCUGAUGAUGCUGUUAGUUUGGAGCUAUGAAACUUCGGUCAUGAGCUGAAGUAGGACAGUAGGAUUUAAAUUGCUUCAUCCUGGAAAUUUGACAAAAUGGUCUUGAGCAAAAGCUUCUAAAUAUUACUAUUUGUCCAGACAAAUUGUGUGUGCAUCUUUUGAACAUUUAUUAUUAGAAAAUAAUUUCCCAUGUAAAAAGUUGUUUCCAUGAUGUCCAUUUUGCCUACUUGUAAAUAUACACAUAAACUAAUUUACCAAUUCAAUGUGCAUGCUAACUUUCCCUUUAUGGUAAAGGUGCAUUACUUGGGAGUUAAUAAAAAACAACUAAUUUUAACUUAAUUACAAACA